AUGAAGCGUAUGAGGGAUGAUGGUUUUCCCAACCCUUCUUUUAAGCGCCCAUUUGGUGCCUCCCGUGAAUCCUUCGGGCAGCCUCAGGCUCCUGGUGGAAGUGGAGGAGUGGGUGGCGGUGGUACUGGUGGAAGUGCUGCAGGCGGUGGUGGCAGUGGGGGUGGUGGAGGUAGUGCAACAAAGCUUACAACAAAGGAUGCUCUAACAUAUCUAAAAGAAGUUAAGGACAUGUUUCAAGAUCAGAGGGAAAAAUAUGACAUGUUCCUUGACGUCAUGAAGGAUUUUAAGGCUCAAAGAAUCGAUACGACGGGUGUCAUUGCCCGGGUUAAAGAUCUAUUCAAAGGGCAUCCAAACUUGAUUCUCGGUUUUAAUACAUUCUUGCCUAAGGGUUAUGAAAUAACCCUGAAUGAGGAAGAAGAGGCUCCACCGAAGAGGACAGUUGAAUUUGAAGAGGCUAUAACUUUUGUUAACAAGAUCAAGAAACGGUUUGAAAGUGACGAUCACGUCUACAAAUCUUUUCUUGAUAUUUUGAAUAUGUAUCGGAAGGAACACAAGGGCAUUAGCGAGGUCUACCAAGAGGUUGCAGCACUUUUUGAGGACCACCCAGAUUUGCUGGACGAAUUCACAAGAUUUUUGCCUGAUAAUUCUGGCACGGCAACAUUACCUAAUACUUCUUUUGGCAGACCUUCUUUUCAGCGCUAUGAUGAAAGAAGCUCAGCAGUGCCUCCUGCUCUGCGUCAGUCCCAGGUUGAUAAGCAACGUUUUCGCCGGGAUAGAAUCGGUGGUUCCCAUCCUGAACGGGAUCUUAGCGUAGAGCGUCCUGAUACAGAUGAUGAUAAAACCAUGGUGAGAUUGCAUAAAGAGCCGAAGAAGCGAGUUGAUAGGGACAGUAGAGAUAGGAGAAACCGUGAUCAAGAUUAUAGAGAGCCUGAUAACGAAAAUAAUGGAGAUAUGAGUAUGCAUCGGGGUGCUGACAAAAAGAAAAUCGCGCGUAAGGUUGAUGAUUUUGGAGGAGCUACAGGUUCAGUUUCUUAUGAUGAUAAAGACUCCUUAAAGAGCAUUUAUAGCCAAGAGUUCUCUUUUUGUGAAAAAGUGAAGGAGAGGUUACGGAAUCAGGAGGAUUACCAGGCUUUCUUGAAGUGUCUCCAUAUUUACAGCACAGAAAUAAUCACAAGGAAAGAAUUGCAGAGUUUGGUUGCUGAUUUACUUGGAAAGUUUCCUGAUCUUAUGGACGGGUUUAAUGAUUUUUUAGAGCGUUGUGAAAAAAUUGAUGGAUUUCUUGGGGUGAUGAGCAAAAAGUCUUUGUGGAAUGAGGGUCACGCUUCAAAAACGUUGAAGUUGGAGGACAAAGACAGAGAACAUAAGCGUGACAUAGAAGCAGCGAAAGAAAAAGAUCGAUACAAGGAGAAGUACUGGGGAAAAUCUAUUCAAGAGCUAGACCUCUCAAACUGCCAGCGGUGCACUCCUAGUUACCGGCUUCUUCCCGAGGAUUAUCCAAUCCCUUCAGCGAGUCAGAGGUCUGAGCUUGGUGUCCAAGUAUUAAAUGACCAUUGGGUGUCUGUAACAUCAGGGAGUGAGGAUUACUCUUUCAAACACAUGCGUAGAAACCAGUAUGAAGAAAGUCUCUUUAGAUGUGAAGAUGAUAGAUUUGAGCUUGAUAUGUUAUUGGAGUCUGUCGGGUCAGCUGCAAAGCGUGCAGAAGAUUUGUUGAAUGGCAUUAAUGAUAACACAAUUGGUGCUGAUGGUCCUAUUCGCAUUGAUGAGCAUUUCACAGCCCUUAAUAUAAGAUGCAUUGAACGGCUUUAUGGUGACCAUGGCUUGGAUGUGAUGGAUAUUUUACGUAAAAAUCCAUCUCUUGCCUUGCCUGUGAUAUUGACUCGCCUAAAGCAGAAGCAGGAGGAAUGGACCAAGUGCCGCUUGGAUUUUAACAAAGUUUGGGCCGAAAUUUAUGCAAAGAAUCAUUACAAGUCACUUGAUCACCGUAGCUUCUACUUCAAGCAACAAGAUUCCAAGAACUUGAGCACUAAAUCCUUGGUCAUGGAAAUCAAAGAGAUUAAGGAGAAAAAGCAGAAGGAGGAUGACGUACUUCUUUCCAUCUCUGCAGGAAGCAGACAUCCCAUAGUUCCAAAUCUUGAAUUUGAAUUUCCUGAUAAUGAGAUCCAUGAAGAUUUGUACAAACUUAUAAAAUAUUCAUGUGAAGAAGUCUGCUCUACUAAAGAGCAAUUAAAUAAAGUUAUGAGGCUUUGGACGACCUUCCUAGAGGUGAUAUUAGAUGUUCCGUCUCGGUCUCGUGGUGCAGAAGUUAUGGAAGAUGAAAUAGUAUCUCAGCAUUGCACAAUCAAAGGAACUGGGACAAGUGUAGCUGAAAGUGAUGGAAGCCCAACUGUUGAUGCUACUAUGACUAACUCCAAGCAAUCAAAACCUGUCGGUAAUGGAGAAGCCGAUACUUCCCCACCAGGGAACUCUGGCAGAAUUGGCUUCACGAAUGGUGAUGCUUUAUCUAAAGAAGAUGGAUUAUCUGUGGCUUCUAAUGAGCGGUUAGCUACAUCCGAAGCAGCAAUUGUGACAGGACCAGAUGCAACACAAGGAAGAGUCAAUAUGGAAAUGUCAUCAGGACGUGGCGGAACAUCUUCACGCCCUGCUAAUGCUGGUGGUCCUGGUGUAGUAGAUGAUAAUCAUGCUCCAAAGACAAAUAUGGGCGAUAGUCUUUCCUCAGAGGGAGGCGAUGCUUCAAGAUUGAUGGCAUUGGCUAAUGGUGGGGUUGCUGAAGGUUCCAGAUCCAGUGGAUAUAACAAGGAAUCUGUUGAUCCAUCUAAAAAUGAGAAAGAGGAGGGAGAAUUGUCCCCGAACGGGGACUUUGAGGAGGACAAUUUUGUUGCCCAUCGUGAAGGUGGCUCACAAGGCAUAGCUAGCACUACUCAUGGUGACGAAAAUAUGCAAUAUCCUAAUGGUGGAGCUGAAGAGAAUGGUUGUCAGGAUGGUGCAGGCGAAAAUGAUGCAGACGCAGAUGAUGAAGACAGUGAAAAUGCUUCUGAAGCUGGUGAAGAUGUUUCAGGCAGUGAAUCUGCGGCUGAUGAGUGCUCACGGGAAGAGAAUGAGGAAGAGGAAGAUGGAGAACAUGAUGAUCUUGAUGGCAAGGGUGAGAGUGAAGGUGAGGUUGAAGGAGGUGAUGCUCAUUUUGUUGGGGGAGACGCAAUCCCAACAUCGGAGAGGUUUCUGCUGAAUUCAAAGCCUCUAACAAAGCAUGUACCUUUAGUUUCGGACAAUAAUGAGAGGACAAGCUCGCGGAUUUUUUACGGAAAUGAUUCUUUCUAUGUGCUUUUCAGGCUUCAUCAAAUGUUGUAUGAAAGGUUGUUAUCCGCUAAGCAGAACUCAGCAUCAUCUGAACUGAAAUGGAGAAAUGCAAAGGAUUCUGAUACCGAUCCCUAUGCCAGUUUCAUGAGUGCAUUGUAUAGUUUGCUUGAUGGAUCUGCUGACAAUGCUAAGUUUGAGGAUGAUUGCCGAUCCAUUAUUGGGAAUCAGUCUUAUGUCCUUUUUACUUUGGACAAGUUAAUAUACAAGUUGGUCAAGCAGCUUCAAAGCGUUUCAAGUGAUGAGCUGGACAACAAGCUACUUCAGUUAUAUGAAUAUGAAAAAUCACGGAAGCCUGACAAGUUUGUUGACUCUGUGUAUUAUGAGAAUUCACAUGUCCUCCUUUAUGAAGAGAACAUAUACCGGUUUGAGUGUACGUCUUCUCCCACCCGGUUGUCCAUCCAACUGAUGGAUGAUGGAAGUGAAAAGUCCGAGGUGGUUGCAGUUUCCAUAGAUCCAAAUUUUGCAGCCUAUCUGUACAAUGAUUACCUUUCAAUCGGUCAUGGUAAAAGGGAGUCAUCUGCUGUUAUGCUGAAAAGAAAUAAGCGUAAAUACGCUGAUCCUGAUGAGGAUUCUGCCCUUUGCACGGCCAUGGAAACUGUUCGACUGUGGAAUGGUUUGGAGUGUAAGAUGUCUGCCACCUCAUCAAAGAUUUCAUAUGUCCUUGAUACCGAGGAUUUCUUUGUCCGCGUUGGAAGGAAAAGGAAGAAUGGACCAGGGAGCAGUUCUGACCAUCCAAGGGUGAAAAAGUUUAACCAAUAUUUGGAGGCUAUGAAGGAAGAACGGUCCUCUUGA